GACACAGUAAAGGGCUGAGGGGGAGACUGUGAGAAAAGGGUGAAGGCAGAGUGCACAGAGGGAGACAGAGUUCCGCCUAAGGUCGUCCUAACUCUACGUUGAUGUGGGGAAUGGGAUGGUACGACCCAGAACACAGAACUGUUCCAGAAGGCCUGUGAUUAUCAGGCUUAUAAGAGACCAACAGCUGACAUGGAACACACUGACUGGACUCUAAGAAUAGCAGAGAUAUAUCCAGCGUUCACAGGAUUAUAAACGCAUAUAUACGUAUAUAUAUAAGUAUAUGUUUUGACCUGACCUACAGGAGGACGUUGUCCCCUCUCAAAAGGUCUCUGCGUUUUUCUGUUUACUUAGUGACUCAAUCUGCAUCGUCACUUGUUUCACUACUAAUUUGUGUGUUUCUUUUUUUUAAGUUCUACGCAGCUGUAGACGACUUCAAAUCACACGAACGAACCUUGUAGAAACUUUUGCCCACUCUACAUGUGCACGGUAGUCACAGGCUUGUCUAAUUUCCCAAGUGAAUCAACAGUAUCAGUAUCAUAUCUCGCGUCUUGGCUGUACCAGUAAUAGAAACACAUAUCGCUUAACACUUUGCGCGGACUGACACUGGUGCCUCUCAACUGGGGAUUUGGUGGCCUGGAUAUUUUUCUACAUUUUUUGAGGACUCGAUCAACUUUGGACGAUAUUGUCCGACGCCUGAAAUGAUACUUCUACCGCCUCUGCUGCUCAUUGUUUUCCCCGCUGCGAUUUUCGUCGCCGCGCAUGGCGCCGGGGACCUGCAGGGAUUUACUCUGUCCGGAGGGAGCGGAGGCUUCGGCUCAACAGACCCUUGCUUUGGGAUGUCUCCUCCAUGUAUGAGUGAAGCUGAUCGUUACAGCCUAGAGGCUCUGCGGAGUAUACACCAUAUGAUGGAUGAUGACAAGGAUGGAGGAAUCGAGGUGGAGGAGAGCAUGGAGUUCAUCAUCGAAGACAUGAAGCAACAUCAGACCAACAAACACAGCAACUUGCACAGAGAAGAUCAACACAUAACAGUUGAGGAGCUUUGGCGGGGAUGGAAGUCAUCUGAAGUACAUAAUUGGACACAGGAGGACGUGCUUCGCUGGCUGAAGGAUUUUGUUGAGUUACCACAAUAUGAGAAAAACUUUAAAGAAUUUAAGGUCAAUGGAAACACACUCCCCAGGAUUGCAGCUAAUGAGCCUUCGUUCUUGAGUGUCCAUCUGAGAGUUCAAGACCAGAGAGACAAACAAAAACUAAACAUUAAAGCUCUGGAUGCGGUGUUGUUUGGACCUCCAACACGUCCUCCUCAUAACUAUAUGAAGGACCUGCUGUUAAUUGUGUCAGUGGUGAUGGGAGUCGGGGGCUGUUGGUUUGCCCAGGCACAAAAUAAAGCCAGUAAAUUCCACAUCACCAAGAUGAUGAAGGAUUUGGAAAGUCUGCAGAGAGCUGAGCAGAGCCUCACAGAUCUACAAGAACAACUGGAACGAGCCCAGGAAGAGAAGCGUAAUGUUGCUGAGGAGAAACAGAACUUGGAGGAGAAGAUGAGGGAUGAGAUCAUGGGAGCACAAGAGGAGGCUCAUCGGCUGCAUGAGCUAAGACAGGGGGCUGUCACUGAGCUUAGCCGCCUGCGAUAUGCAGAGGAAGAGCUGGAACAGGUCCGUGGAGCCUUGAAGCAGGCUGAGAAGGACAUACAGGCCAGUUGGACUGCCUCAGAGGCUCUGCAGCAGUGGCUCCAGCUGACACAUGAGGUGGAAGUCCAGUACUACAAUGUCAAGAAACAGAGUGCAGUAUUACAACUCACUACUGCCAAAGAAGAGGCAGAAAGGAUUAAGAAGAAAAGAAGUUCUGUCCUGGGAACACUCCAUGUUGCUCACAGCUCCUCUCUAGACCAGGUCGAUCACAAGAUCUUGGGAGCAAAGAAUGCCUUGUCAGAAGUGACAGCCUGCCUAAGGGAGCGUCUCCAUCGGUGGCAGCAGAUCGAGCGCCUCUGUGGAUUCCCCAUCAUCAGGAAUCCUGGAUUGGGAAACCUCACUGCUCAGUUGUAUUCUGACUCGAUUGCCCUGGGUUUACCAAGGGUAUCCCAGCAAUCCUGUUCAUGUCAUAGCUCUGUUCAUGGAUCUUUAGAAGACCUGUUGGAGGAAUCCACCCCUCAAAUUUUACCACAGAUGCAAGGUCCACCAAUGAAACGCUCUCCUCGGACACAGGGAUCCACCAUAUGUCGUUCUCGCCGACCUGGGGUCAUAAAUCAGCCUCAAUCUACAAUGAUCUCUUCAGAUCCAGAUCUCCUAAUUCCCAUCCGAAGUCCAUACCCUUGCUUUGAAGAAGAAGAAAGCUUCCUGUUGAAAACCCUUAAGAAGCAGGACUCCCAGGAGAAGUUCUCAGACACAGAUUUUAUGACUUCACCUUCUCUCAGCAAAAUUUUCCCUAGUCCUACGAUUGAGGCUUCCUCUCAAAAACUCUAUCACGAUGAGACAGAAUUACUUUCAGACUCCUGUAUCACAAAGACUUUGAGUAAAGAGGUAGAAGCUGUUCCUGUUCUAGUUCGUAAAGUUUCAAAUGAGGAUCUCGAUGUUUGUGUGGAGGUGUCCUCCAGAAAGUUACCAAAGGACACAUUUUCGGAUACCUCUUUAGAAAUGUAUUCUGGAAAAAUACCCAAAGAAGAUUCCCCGAUAGAAAUGCCAUCAAGAAAGACAUCCCAAGACAGGAUGGAUCUUCCCACGGAUGUUACAGUUAGAAGAGGACUUGUUGGUGAGACGGACGUAGAAUUCCCCUCCAGGAAAGUAGAAAAAGAUUCAGUGAGUGAAUUGAUGGACACUCCCAGGAAUGUAUACAGAGAAAGAAGUGAUUUGCCAGUUGAUAAAAGAAAGGUUCUUUGGAAUGAUUUGGAUGCAACGGAUAAACAGGUUACAAGGAACAUAUCCAGAGAUAUGUUGGGAACUUCAUUUGACAGUACCACAAGAAAAUUAAGAGAUGAAGCUGAACACCUCUUUGAUUCAGUAUCAAGAAGAUUUGCAAGAGACUCAAUUUCCAUAGAGAUAGGUUCUAGGAAGCUCUCACGUAAUAAAGGAGAACGUUCUCAUGAUUCCUCAGUUAGGGCCUUAGCAGCAGAUAAAUCGGUUGAUGCUACAAUAACACCAAGAAGGAUCUCUAGAGAUGAGAUGGAGUACGGUACAGGCACUGGUUCCUUGAAGAUUUUGCCCAGAGAGAAAUUUGAUAAACUUAUGGAUACGUCAUCUUUCACAGAGAAACCAGAGUUUGUCUUAGAGCCACCAACAAGGAGGCUGCUGAGAAAUGAAUCUGACCCAUCUGCUGGGUCUUUUAGAAGAACAACAAGGGUGUCAAGAGAUGUGAUGGACAGUUCUGAAGAUAUCACAGCUGCAAACAUAUGGGAUAAGGGUGACAUUCCAAUGGAAAUAUCUAAGCAGUCAGCACUGAGAGAGUUGGACGCUUCUGAAUUAGAUUUGUCUCCAGAUCAGUUUGGUCAGCCAGACCUCAUGGUCACGUCACAGGUGCAGAGGACAACAUCAGACCUGUACACUGUUGGUCCACUGAGCCAGUUGGUGUAUGAUGGAAUACUGGAGAAGUCCUGCCAUUCCGUGGCCAGCCUCUCUACGUCGACUACUUACCUAUCUCAGAAGAGCCUGUUAGCAGAUGUGGAGCCUCCUCUGCCAGCUCCACGAGUUGCUGUUCCAUCCUCUACAGCUCCUUCUGACAGCAGAGAGGAAAAGAGCAAGGAUAAGGAAAAGAGCAAGAAAUCCAUGAAGCUGAAAAGCAUCUUCAAAAAGAAGCCAGAGUCAACUACAGAGAAACCUCAGAGUGGUCUUCACAAACUCUGACUAUCAGCUGAGUAUAUUCACCCAUUGAAAGGCAUUUCAGUGAGACCCGACUGAGGGUAGCCAAACAUAAUUUUAUAUACAUAGUAGCACUUUUAAAGAGAGUUUUUAUUACAAAUCAAAUUUGUAGCCACAGAAUAUUUUGUCGUUCCAAAUAUUCUAUUUGAUUAGAAUACAAACCACACAGUUACUGUCCUGAGACAAAUAAUAAUAUUAUAUUAUAUAUUAAUAACAAUAUUUACACUGGGAAUUUAAGUCAACUGAAUUUUGUCAGAUAAGUGUGGGAGUGAUUUGUUUUCAUAGUCUUACUUUUAUUUAAAUAUCUAUUUUAUUAAGUCUUAGUUUUAUGUACUGUAUGUUUCACAUGUGGUGUUUUAGGUGCAGAAUUUAUGAUGCGUUCCCCUCUGAAGGAUUGACUAAUGUUUCAGCACAUACACCCUUUUUUAUGAAACCAUUAAGAAAGACACUUUUUGCAGCAGAAAGUAAAAAUUUUUAGGUAAUACCUUAAAAAAGGUUUUAACUCCUACUCUUGUUUACACCUGCCAUUGAAUAUAAACAAUUAUAAGGAUUUUAGGUCCAAUAUUUUUCAGCACCAGCAAGUCAAAUAUUGGCUUUUAUUCAAUCAUUUUUGAGUUAUCUUGAGUUUUCUUGAUUAUGUUUAUUGCUUUUGUUUUUAUCUAACAUUUUAAGGAGCCUAGGUGAACAUUUAAAAAUAGUUUUUCAUGUAUAUAGAUAUAUGUAUGUAUACCUUUUUUCAAUUCUCCCUCUGUGCUUUUAUUUUGAAAAUUGAAUUUUUGGCACAGCAAACACUUUAGUGACAAAGCAGUUUUAGUCUGAGUACAUCAAACAGAGUUAUUUCAGCAUGAACAAACAUCUAUCAGUUUAUUAAGUCUAACAAUAAGACAAGACCCCUUAUUAUUUUGAAACACAGCUAAUCAGUGUUACAGGGUUUGUAGUUGAUAAUAAAGGUUUGAUAUACAAAAACAUAUCCUAUAGAAAUACAAAAAACUAUUAUUCCCUUGUUUUUAAAGCAUCACUGGACUUUUUAUAGUUCAUGAUUCUUCAGCAGGGAUACUACUGUUAUUACUGCUUUUUGUUUUAUACCAUUUAUAAUUGACAAGGACACCACCGAAUAUAAAUAUGUCAUCAGUAGACACAUUUGGUAGCAGAAAUUCUGUGUAUGUGAAUCCAAAUGAAGAAGAAGUCAGCGGAGCUUAGCCUAGCCUUGGAGAUGACUAACAAUUGUCAAUAGUUUUCAUCCAGAGAUAAAAUUUACAGAUAAUUUAAAGCUUCCUCUGUAGCAAGUUUUCAUCCCUGUUUGCCACACACUCCUGCAGUCUCUACUGGGGUUUCUGUGAUGAUGUUCAUUUAUCAUAUUCGGCUGAAAAUUACCUGUCACCUGAGUGUAUUGGGGUUUUUUUCUGUGGAAAAAACAUUGUCCAAGUUACCGCAUUUGGUUUAUAUAAAAUACCAAUGUUGUAACAGUAACUUGAUCAUGAUUCAAGUGCAAAAUAAAUUUACUUUGAUAGUUGAAGCCCAAUACUGAGGAUUUGACUUUUAAUUAGUUAUGAUCAAUAGGUUUAAAGUAUUUUAAACCUAUACAAAAUUUUCUAAUUGCAAAUAUUUUAAUUCAUUUAUUUAAAUUAUUAUUAUCUAAACACUAUCAAUAGCUAACUACUUGAUUUUAAAUGUGGUAAAUUGUAUUACCCUGAAAUAGUUUUUAAAGAUUGUAUUUCUUUCACUAAAUUUCUUGUUUUCUUUCAACUGUUGUCUCAGCAUUUUAGAAGGCCUCUGUUGGGAGUUGGUUGCAUGUAGUUCUGUUUUCGACUUUGUUGCUGGUAGCUGAUAGCACUAGUGUUUACUUUUUGGUUAAAGACAUUUUAAAGCAGGGAAAAAGUUGAAAAUGGAUAAGUAUGUUCUUUAGACCCUUUACUGUGAUGGAAAAUUGAAAUAACUUUGCUUUAUAGUGGUUUUAUUUAAAAAAAAAAUCCAAUAUAAUACAUGUAGAACUCGAUAUAUAUAUAUAUAUAUAUACGAUAUAUUUACAAGCGUUGUUUAAAUAUAUACUUCUUAUUUUUCUUAGAUCUGUUUAAAUGCACCAUUUGUAUUUAUUUUACACAUUGGAAUAUUUUUUGACCACCCUCUUCUGCUUAAACAGGUUAAUACACUUUUUUUAUUUAUUUAGACAUCAAAUGUUCUUUUAUUAAUUAAUUUAUAAAAUAAUUAACCUCAAACUAUUAAGUCAGUUAAAUGAGGUAAAUGCCUUCAAUAAAGAAUCUGAUUCUGAUAUGCUCACCAGUCAAUGACAAACACUGCCUAGCAUUAAGUGGAGGACAUGAGCCAUACAUGUGCAUUUAGUGGUAAAGACAUAGAAACAUAAACAGAAUAUUUUAGCUUUUCUGAAGCAGAUGUUUUAUGUUGUAACACUAACUGCUUGCUGCUGUGAUUCUUUUUUAUUAUUAUUUUUAUUUGCUAUCUAGGCUUAAGCAUGCUGUUAGCAUUUGUACUCUUAAGAGUAGCUUCUUAGGAAUAAUAGAAAAAAAACACAGAAGCUGGUUUCUUUUUUGGACUGGUGCAUUAAAUGGUGCAUAGACUUGUUUGAGUUGACAUUUAAUUAUUUGUUAGCCUGUGCUUUAGUGUUUACAGUCAUGGUCUGAUGCUGAUGAUGACUGUUUCAGAUCUAACAAUUGAAAUGUACCUUUUAAUUAAAACACAUUUUCAUGUCUUAUAAUGGUUAUAAUGAACGAGUGUCAGAUAUCAGAAAUGUCUUAAAUGGAAAAUGUUAUGCUGCUGCAUUUUGGUAUGAAAUUGUGAAUAAUUGACGUUACUUAUUGAUAAAAUAAUUUGUGAUGAUAAAACAAUUAAAAAAAGGAUUUUAUAAAAGAAAACAUUGUGUUUUUUUAUCAACAACCUUGAAACUGUAUACUGUAUAUUUAGCUUAUACCAUAAUUGCAGCACAUUUUGAGAUAAAAAAAUUAUGUAUUGUGGUUGAAGUUUUAGCUCUGCGCUGGUCUGUUGUGAAGACUUCAGUGUCAUCCUUCGCUGUAUGUUUCCUUCUGUCUGUGUGUGAUUGAUAUCAGGUGUAGCUGAUUGAAUGGCGUGGUUUGUCAGAGGUUUCAGGUGGAGCUUUCUUACUGCUCCUCCUGAGAUGGUUCAGCCAAUAGGAUCCUGCUGCUGCUGGCAGGGACCUGUCUGAACCAGUUUUUAUUCAGACUGCAACAGUAAUAACUCUUCUAGAUGUAUUAAGGAAAUACUUUAACAUCUUAAAAAAACUUGGUUGCUUCUUUGGAGUUUGAGGGGAACAGCAUCUGGUCGAGACCACCCGGAUGUAACAAGAGGCUUCAUCUAGGAGAUGGACAUCUAUGAGGUUUCUCUGAUUAUUUUUCAUUGUAUGUUGUUUGUUUGUUUUUUCUCAGUUUACAACUUUGUUGUUGUUGAUCACUACUGGUCCCUAAUGAAUCCCUUUCUGUGACCUAAAGCUUGGCUAACUUUAUAUUUUGGUUGGUUGGGAGGUCUGGUUCAGUGGUAUUUAAAGUGGCGGCUUCCAGGGAGUACACUGUCUCAUAUAAACUAGUGGAAGUAAAUACUUUGUUAGUACUAGGUGUACUUGGUGACCUUAAUGCAACAUUUGCGUGGCUGCGUUGGCUUCUUCUGUAGAUGAUUUGUAGAACAGGUGUUGUUUCUGUCUGUUUGUGUGUUAUAUUUAAGGUGUGGCUGAGUGUGCAUGUGUCCCUGGUGCUUUCCCAGGGUUCCUGUAAACUUCCUAGUCCUUAAUAGUGAUCCAACAUUAGAUGCUGAUGUUGCAACCAUGUUUGUUAAAAAAAGAAGGUUUUAUUUAAAUCUGUGAUUUUGGGAGUAGAUAUUAUUGAGCCCAGACCCUUCCAGUGGCAGAUUCCUGCUACUGCACCACUCUAGCCCCAUCCAUAACAAAACCUAAAAGUGUACUGCAGUGUGAGGACAAAUCUUCUGAAAGACAACAACCCUCUGGAAAUGUAAUGUAACAUUCAGUUGAGACUGAUAUGAUAAAUAAAAUUGUUAAGUUAAAAUUUGUUGGUUCCCAGAAAGGGAAGUGACUGCAGUUGCAGUCUGUGGCUGAUCAUAUCCCGACUCUACACACAGUUUGUUUGAACAAACUGCUCCAGUUCUGUCAGGUUUGAUGGGAACAUUCCCACAGCUGCAAUUUACAGAUAUUUCCAAAGAUAGAAACCUCAGCUGAAUUGGAACAUAAAUGAACCAAGAACUGUUUAUGCCACAUCUAUUUGUUUGCUUGCUUUAGAUAAAUGUUUUUUCUUGAAGGUUAUGUUUUGCUGGCAAACAUGCUCUUUGCUUUAAAACCCUUAUUUUUCCUUUUCAUAUAUACAUUCAGUUUGACUCCAUCUUUUAUAUCAUUUAGAUUUCAUUUACCUCUGUGACAUUUCACUGAAUGUUUGUGUUUCAAAUGAGGCUCUACAUUCAUCUAGGCUGCUUUCUUCAUAUUAUUAUUCACAGUGUAGACACUGCAUUUAUUCUCUGCUUUAUCCUCCUGUACCUGAUUUCACUGCCUUCUCUUUCAUCAGUCAAGUCUAUGUGAUUGCUGAACCUUUGUUUUUUUUUUCUCUUGCAACCACUUACAGGGAGGUUAGGAAAGAUAAUCUUAAAGAUCUUAUUAAAUAUGUAAAGCCUUUGAUGGAAAGGCCAUAAAAACAAAUGGUUUGUUAGUGAGACAAAUGAUGGAGAAAUGAUUGAAGGUGAACACAAGUCCAGGCACAAAUAGGCUUAACAUAUUGAUAUGGAGCCAAGUGUUGAAUGUUCUUUUUAUAAUUAGGGUUUGUAUUGAGUUAAAUUCUCAUCAUUGGCCAAGCAAGAGGUGAUCAGAUUAAUACUAGCAGCAUUUUCAACAUAGAAACAAUGCUAUUGUCAAAGCAAAGACUCAUUUGUAAAGUUUUACUAUUUGUUUAAAAAUAAACACAAAGAUAUAGUACACUGGACAACC